AUGCUGGCUUCACUGAUUACUCUACCUAUAGAAAUACUGUAUUUGAUAGUAUUUAAUAUAGAUAAUCCGAAAGAUCUCCGUGCGUUUUCGUCCACAUGUGCUUUCUUUCGCAAGAUAUCAGGCCCACACACAUUAACGGCUCAACUCUGGUUUUCACUAUAUAGCCAAGACCUACCAUCCGAACAUCAUCUUCGCACAGCUAACGAAUGGCGAUUUCCAUUAGAGACUGAAUAUGCAAAACGUCUAAUCACUGUCAACGCACCGCCCGAACCAGCCGGGCUUUCUUCUGAAGCUCCGGGCCCGCGUCGGGCUCUUCGUCGACAAGAACGUGUUUUGCACAUUGUCGAGAGAUUCGGUCUGUUUCUACACAACAUGUUGGCUGUCAACUAUUACUAUCCGCAUGACUGGGAUGCUCUUCGAGCAGUAGCCGAUGAAGUCGAACAGUAUUUGGAGGAUCUAGGUUGGGUGCAAUUUUAUCGAGGUCAAAUGCGUGGGAUAGAUUCUCUUAUGGUGUCGACCGUACAGACCGAUCAGGAAUUUGAGGCUGUCGCAUUCGAAGACUUUUCCGGAAAGCUACGUGCUGAGAUAGCCGGUGCUUCCAGUAUUCCCGCAUCGAGUAAGAGCACAUCUGCUGCAAGUAGUCGUCAUAACUCUACAACUGGUGGUUUUGCUUCUAAUCGAAACAGCACCGGUGACCUCUUUGCAAGUCUUACCAGUGAGAGAAUGUACCUAAGAUGGACAAGCUUGAUUCAGGACCAGCUAAACUUUUUCGGAUUGGAGAGAUACAUAUUGGAAAAGUUUAAACCACCAGACAAGUUGCAGUUGGCUGAAUACUUGCGUGUAGUUUUGUUUGGUGAUAUCGAUAGCGAUUCCAACAACGUUGAUGUCACUCCCAACAACAACGGUAUCCUUGCCAAUAAUAAUAGCAUCAUUCCCAAUACCAUUGCCAACACUGAUGUCCCUUCCAGUAGCAACCGUAUCGCUUCCAAUAUCACUAGCAAUAUACCAUAUGUCCCUCCCAGUAGUACUGGUCUUACUUCAAAUAACAUUAAUAUCGCCUCGUGA